AUGGACGCUGAGCGCGAUGCGCCGCCCGACAGGGCGUCAAGCAGCGCCUUGCCGACCGUGGAAGCACUCGUGCAGGGCCGGCGCGCACGCGCGCAAGGGCGCGCGCCGCCUCGCGACGCGCCUGCCGUGCGUGUGCCGCGCGGCCUCUCCAGCGUGAUCCAGCAGACGCCCAAGGUGCUUGUGCUGGACCUAGAUGAGACACUGAUCCACUCCAAGCUGAGCGCCGCGCCCUGGGGGCGCCUUGGCGCGCGCGACCCGGUCGGUGCGAGUGUGUCGACGGCCCUCCUGAGCAUCCUCGGCCUCGGCGCCACGGUGCCGCCCCAUGCGCAGCUGCAGCUGCGUGUGAUCGAGGUGCAAAUUGAGGGCCGCACCGUCGUGUACCAAGUAUACAAGCGGCCAUGGGUCGACUACUUUCUGCGCAAGGUCGCGGCGUGGUACCAGGUUGUGAUCUUCACGGCCUCGGUGAAAGAGUACGCCAACCCGGUGAUCGACUGGCUCGAUGGCGGGCAUGGCCUGAUCAGCGGGCGCCUCUUCCGCGACUCGUGCACGCUGCGCAACGGCUCGUACCUCAAGAACCUGCAGGUCGUUGAGCGGGACCUCAGCCGCGUGUGCCUCAUUGACAACUCGCCCAUGAGCUACGUGCUCCAAGAGGCGAACGGCAUCCCCGUCGAGGCGUGGACGCACGACCCCCGCGACGAGGCGCUCCUGGACCUGCUGCCGAUGCUCGAUGGCCUGCGGUACGCCAGCGACGUGCGCCAUAUUCUCGGCCUGCGCGGCUUUUAG